GUUCUGUAAACGCCGUCGAACCAAACUGAUCAUGCAGAGCCUACAAGUUGCCGUGGUCGUGCUUUUAGCCGCAGUUGCUGCAAUGGCUUUCAUCACCGAGCAGCAGCAUGAGAUCGCCAAAACGCUGUCCGACUCCUGUCACGCUGAGCUGGGUGGUGACCUUCCGGAGGACUUUGCCACCAAGAUGCGCCUUGGCGACCUCACGCUGGACAGCGAAACAUCCAAGUGCACCAUCCAGUGUAUGUUCGAGAAGCUGGCCCUCACAGAUGAGAACGGUGCGGCCAACCGGACGAAGAUAGUGACAAUCCUCUCGAGAGGCAAUCCCACCGAGAAGGCCGAGGCUUUAGCCGACCUGUGCGAGAAAAACGAGGGUUCCACUAAGUGCGACAAGGCGUAUAGCCUGUACUUGUGCUACCACAAGAACAAGUCCAUCUUCGAAUGA